CCAGGUCAAGGAAGUGCAGCAGAAAAACUAUUCGCCAAUUUUUUGUUAUUUUUAUGAAAUGCUAUUAAGUGUAUUGUUUCUUUAUCAUUUAGUUGAAAUUGGAGUGAGAUAAUGUAGCGCGGACAUCGUAAUGAUUGGAGGUAGUGAGAGUGGUUGUUGUAGGACAGAAGAAAACUAGGUGGUGUGACAGCUAAGGAAUACCGCAUAGAAGAUUUUAGCUCAAAAAUGGUUAAUAUUAUUAAAAUUCGAUCAUCUGAUAACUCAGUAUGACUGUUAAUCGCUCAGAGGUACCGUUUACGUGGGUUACCUUCGCGAUUUAUGUUGGAAAUAAUCGUCAUAACAUUUGACCCAGUUACAGUGCCGUGUGCGUUGACCUAUAGAUGUGAAUGCGGACUAAAGCACGAUGUUAUUUUUAGGAUACAGCUUUGCAGAUAAUUAAAUAUUUAUAGAUGCCGUUGGUGAUAUCCAAUUGUGUGAUAAAUUGCAGACGCAAGUAUCCGUGACCUUUUACACUGAUAACUGGUCCAACAGUUGUUCAAAUAAACACUAUGGAUGGAAGUUUUAUAACUCCUGGAAAAACAAAACAAAGUACAGAAAAACAGAUAACGAAAACACAAUUUAGACACAACUUCCUUUGAAGGGAUCAAUUUAAUCAUAGAAUUUUUAUUUAUAAACAUAUUCCAAUUUCCUGUUUGAUUAAAUUAAAAUUAAUAUACCUAUUGAAGAGACAGUUUCAGGUUGUGAUUUCAUAAUAUAAUACACAACUGAUGCGAACAAGGGAAAUAAAAACAAUAAAUUCUAGUAGCAAGCAUAUCAUCUUUGUAGCUAAAUUGACAGGCUGUAUAUUGAUUACCUGUGCUGAAAAGUUGCCGCCAAAAAUGGAUUCCAAAUUCAAAUUUCAUUAGAUUUUCUUAUACUAACCUACAAUGGUUACUUAAUGUUAUAUUAAUAAAAAGAAGACAAUAUGGUGUUUAUUUGACUGAAUCGCAAUAAGGGUGGGGUUGGGCGCUACGCCCUAAGGCCGUGGUGACACUCGGCAGUGAUGAAGAAACAAAAUGUUCGCACUCUAUCAUUGAUUGUGUGCACAUUUACUUAUUUACUGGUUGGUGCCGCUGUGUUUGACGCACUAGAGUCUACUACUGAGAGGAACCGAUUUGAAGUUUUGCAAGCUAUCGAAGGCAUGAUCAUCAGGAAGUACAAUAUAACUGAGGAAGACUUCCGUGUGAUGGAGACAGUGGUCCUCAAGUCGGAGCCACAUAAGGCUGGACAGCAGUGGAAGUUCACCGGAGCAUUCUACUACGCUACUACCGUACUUACUACUAUUGGCUAUGGGCACUCAACACCAGCAACGAUCGGUGGCAAGCUGUUCACGAUGUUCUAUGCUAUAGUUGGCAUACCGUUGGGCCUCAUCAUGUUCCAGAGUAUUGGUGAAAGGGUUAAUAGACUUAGUAGCGUAAUAAUAAAAUCAAUAAAGGGCGCUUUGAACUGCAAGCAGACGAAUGCAUCAGAAGUGGACCUGAUCUGUGUGGUGACCACACUGUCGUCACUCACUAUAGCUGGUGGUGCUGCAGCGUUCUCCAAGUUUGAAGGAUGGAGCUACUUCGAUAGUGUUUACUAUUGUUUUAUUACUUUAACUACCAUUGGUUUCGGAGACAUGGUAGCUCUACAAAAGGACAACGCCUUGAACAAGAAGCCAUCAUACGUGAUGUUUGCCCUGAUCUUCAUACUGUUCGGGCUGGCUAUAGUGGCUGCCUGCCUCAACUUGCUGGUGCUACGGUUCGUCACCAUGAACACUGAGGAUGAGAAGAGAGAUCAGGCGCAGGCUGAACAGUCCCAAAAGGCCGCAGUGAGACUAGAAGGCGACGUGAUCACGGCGGACGGCGCCGUGCUACGGGGAGUUUCGCGCGGCACACGCCUACCUGCUGACCCCAGGCAGAUUACUGCUGGAGAUACCUCGCUAGUGCCGCUGUAUGUAGAUGAGGAGUACGCGCCCAGCGUCUGCAGUUGUUCCUGUAAUUGCUUCGGACCAAACAAAUCAAUACCAUAUCGCGACCCGUUAUCGCCGGUACCACCAACCAACAUCAGACAAAUCAAAUCAAAGAACUAUCGCGAACUCGGUAGCAUACCGCGCUACAUUGAGAAAUCAUCAUCGAAGAACCGGUCGCAGUCUCUACGACUAAACUCGGCCUCAGGCUACUUAUACAUGAACGCAAAAACCAAUGACUUCCAACUAGAACCUGAGGAUUUCAGAGAAAUGGUCACUAAGAGACGAGAACAGCUCCGGAGAGGCAUGAUGAUGUAUGAAAUGAGGUGUAAUAACAACGAACAGUACCUACAUCCCUACAGACAUAGUCUGAGCACGCGGCUAGAGACCAGCCCUCACAGUUCCUCGCUCUACUCCAUGAACAUGAGGUCAGAAAACCGCAGCAACGACCCUCUAGUAGACGACUACGACUCGGAAAAGUCCAGCUACGCGAAAAAGAAACUCAUGAAGAACAUAGCUAGGAACACCAGUAACAAACGAGUAGAAAACUACUUCUACGACGACGCUGUACUGCAUUUCGAUGACGAAUACGCCUUCGACGGCUCAAUACUCUUCGCUAAGAGGAGAAAAUCUAUAGACAGGAACUGGGAGGACUAUACAUGUGAAAUGCCGCGAACCCACGGACCGGAUCAAGUGUCGAACGACGGUAGCUACGGGUACUACCUGCCCGACGAUGAGGAGCAGGACCAGUACUUCGUGAACGAUACCCUCACGUUCCAACUGCCCCCCCACCGGGCCAGCAUAUAGUGAAGUGUUGUGAUGUGCCAACAAGACUAGUGCCAAGGUAGGUUAGUGUUAGUCUACUAAAUAAAUGGGCCAAUUAAGUAAAUAAACGAUUAAUUAAUAGUAAUUUUACAAUUUUCGCGGUAGCAUCCGAGUUUGACAGUUUUAGCUUUUACACAUAGUCUAUAGAUGUCGCGUUUUUUAUUAUAAUUCUAUGAUAUGAGCUUGGCUUCCUUGUAGAUAUUGUAAUAUAGUAAUAUAGGCUUGUCGUGCGGAGCGCUUGGGCGUUUUAUUGUGCACUACGUCGGUGUAACUUGUUUGGGAAUAUUGUAUUGAGAAUUCUGAGCCCAGGAUUGGUGUAGUAUGUUUGAAAUAUUUGUAGAAUUCCUAUGUCAUAAGAAUAGGACAGAGUUUCUCAACAUGCUUCAGUAGUGAACCUGCAAAAUCCAAGUCAUGUUUCAUUUUUUUUUUCGCGAACCCAUGUUGGGAAACUCUGAACUAAAAUAUAGUAAUGUUCAUUCCCUUGUCAGUAUAAAAAAACAAGACUGCAAUAGAGAUGAAUGUUCGAAUUACUGACCAAUCAUGUAACUUUGGUAAAUGAUGUAAGUGAUAAAUUAAUCAGUAUUAUUAUAACUUAGAUAUUUGUGACUUAGGCUCGUGUGAAUGACAGAAAUUGUCAAAAUUUUACUCUAAUACAUUUCAUUUAUAUCAACCAUCCAUUGUAAAAUCAUUUAAAAUGUAGGUGUUUUAAACCGAUAAAGUUUAGUUAGACUACAGGCGUAAUGAGGCCUCCCCCAUUACUUAUAUAAUAGUAUUUAAGACUCAAAAACAUCUGUCCUGUGGUCUAGCCAUCUUAUUCGGUCUAUUUUAAACGACAUGGCAAUGAAUAACCGACGUAGUGCAAGCGAAAUUAAAGUUUAUUUUCCUUUUUCGGAAUGAAUUAGAAGUAAAACUGUUGCGAGAUACAAAUACAAUGAAAAUUAUCGAGCUUAUUGAUACGAACUCGCUACAGAACCGGUGUAUGUACUAGAUAGGCUGUUAAAUGUCCUAUUUUGGGAAAAAGUGCUGAAAAUGGUCACAUAAUUCCACAAAUCAGUCACAAAAUCGAUAAAACAUUUACCAUGAACUUUUUAUGGUAAACAAUUUCAGACAUUUUAUAAACUGACCAACUAUCUGCGUACCAAAAAGGUGGAACUAAAUCAUCACAACCAUCUUACUCAACUAUUUUAGUUACUUGAUACGUUUCAAGCCACAACAGGGGCUCAUAAUCAUGAGCAGCAUGCGCUAUGAAACAUGGUAAUAGACAGCAUAGGCUUACCACUUGCGCAUCCUACACUUUUUGCGCAAAUUAUUAAAUAUAUAUUUGGUUAAAUAAUAGUUUGCGCAAGUAAAUAUGACUAAUAAUCGAAUCAAUAGAUAAAAUUGUUAAAUUUCAAUGUUUUAUUGCAAUAUAAAUGAAAAUGUUUCCAAAAUAGGACAUAUUGCAGCCAUUACAUUAGCAUAUAUUUUGCAACCAUGCUCCCAGACCACAUUUUAUGACAAAAUGGUCCCAAAAUGCUAUAGUUAAUCAACUACUACGUAUUAUUAAAAAUAUUCUAGUCAAAUGUUUAAUUUUAAGUGUUUUUUUCCAUGACGAUUCCCAGUCAAUAAUUUAUAUAUUAAAAUAUUUAUUGUAAUAUGAAAUUCCGAAUUUCUAUAUCGCGCCAAUGUUUUAAAUUAUAAUUAUUAUGUAUAUUCCAAUAUUUAUAUAUAUUCCAGGAAUUUAUUAUCUAUGCUGUUAAGUCGCUAUAAGCCAAAAUGAUUGAUUUUUCAAAUGAGAUUUUAAUCUUUUUAAAAGACAAGAUUUAUCGUUGAAAACUAUAAUGCCAAAAAUUA